UGUACGAUCUCCCUAAGUUGUAAAAUCAGCGAAGCAUUGUGGCAAUAAGAAAAUCUCUAAUAGACAACGUUCCGUAUUGAAACAUCGAAAAACCCGAAUUGGAUAAAUUUGUUCGGGAUUACCCGUUACAAAUAACAAAAUAAUUCUUUGAACAUGCGAUAUAUUUUACUAUUUAAUAUCCCACCAAAACCAUAGAACAGUCAGUAACUAGUAAGCUUAGCGCCUAUAUUAAGGACAACCGCGACUUUACAAGUAAAUAAUAUGAAUUGCGCUACAUUUGUAAAACGAAAUAUCAACGAGACCGGCAUACACGGUUUGCCCUACUUGAUGCGUAAGGACUUGCAUUGGACGGAGCGACUGUUUUGGUUAGGUAUCAUCGCAUCGGCGACUUAUUAUUCAACGCACAUGGCUUUGGAUCAAUUUGCGCGUUUUCGUGAAAACCCGCUUGUCUUUGCCGCCGAACUGACGUGGGAUAAGAAGAACUUCCUCUAUCCGGGCAUAACAAUGUGCAGCGAUUUUCGAAAUGAAUUGAUGGCAGAAGAAAUAAUUAAAGAGUAA